AUGUACUCUUCUCCAAGCCCAGAACAAUUAUCAGAUGUACCAAACAGCAUUCCAACCGAGAUCGGGAGAAGAAAGGAGGUGUACAAAUCGCCCGAAGUAGAUGCCAGUAUCCGGAAGGAGAAGAAACGAAUCCAGAAUCGCAUUGCACAAAAGUCCUUUCGCAAACGAAAACAAGACUACGUCGAGGCUCUGGAAAUGCGCGUCAGGGAGUUGGAGGCAGAGCUCGAGGCCCAUCGACAGGGGUCUUACUGUUUCGAUGGACUCGUGGCUUCUCUUGUCCAAGACGGCUCCGUUGCUUGUCAGUCAUAG